UCUAGAACGCCGCGCCGAGGGCCCCGGCGCCAUGUUGGGGCUGAGGGGAAGGCAGAGAAGCGCUUGAAGCGGCGGGAGCGGAGAGGGAGCGGGAGCGGGUUGGACCCGGGCCGGCAGGAGCCCCGCCCCUCCCGCCUCAGCGGAUCAUGACCCGGGCGGAGGUCGCGGUGGCGGGGGAAGUGGCGUGGCGGGGCCGGCGCUAGAGAUGAUGCCGUUUCCGGUGACGACCCCUGGAUCACAACAGACCCCGCCGCCGCCCAAGCGCUGUGGCAUCUCCUCCCCCAUCAGUUUAGCAGCCCCCAAGGAGACUGACUGCGUACUUACCCAGAAGCUAAUCGAAACCCUGAAGCCCUUCGGGGUUUUUGAAGAGGAAGAGGAACUGCAGCGCAGGAUUUUAAUUUUGGAAAAAUUAAAUAAUCUGGUGAAGGAAUGGAUACGGGAGAUCAGUGAAAGCAAGAGCCUUCCACAAGCUGUAAUUGAAAAUGUUGGCGGGAAAAUCUUUACGUUCGGCUCUUACAGGUUAGGAGUACACACGAAAGGUGCCGAUAUCGAUGCGUUGUGCGUUGCUCCAAGACAUGUUGACCGAAGCGACUUUUUCACCUCGUUCUAUGAUAAAUUGAAACUACACGAAGAAGUGAAAGAUUUAAGGGCUGUCGAGGAGGCGUUUGUGCCAGUUAUUAAACUGUGUUUUGAUGGGAUAGAGAUUGAUAUUUUGUUUGCAAGGUUGGCGCUGCAGACCAUUCCAGAAGAUUUGGACCUAAGAGAUGACAGUCUGCUUAAAAAUUUAGAUAUUAGAUGCAUAAGAAGCCUUAACGGUUGUCGGGUGACAGAUGAAAUUUUACAUCUGGUACCCGACAUUGACAACUUCAGGUUAACUCUGAGAGCUAUCAAAUUGUGGGCCAAAUGCCACAAUAUCUAUUCCAAUAUAUUAGGUUUCCUAGGAGGUGUUUCCUGGGCCAUGCUAGUGGCAAGAACUUGCCAGCUCUAUCCAAAUGCGAUAGCAUCGACUCUUGUACGUAAGUUUUUCUUGGUGUUUUCUGAAUGGGAGUGGCCAAAUCCAGUGCUACUGAAAGAGCCCGAAGAACAGAACCUUAAUUUGCCUGUAUGGGACCCAAGAGUAAAUCCCAGUGAUAGGUACCAUCUUAUGCCCAUAAUCACACCAGCGUACCCACAGCAGAACUCCACAUACAAUGUGUCUGUUUCAACAAGGAUGGUCAUGAUUGAGGAGUUUAAACAAGGGCUGGCCAUUACACACGAAAUUUUGCUCAGUAAGGCAGAGUGGUCCAAGCUUUUUGAAGCUCCAAGCUUCUUUCAAAAGUACAAGCAUUAUAUUGUACUUCUAGCAAGUGCACCAACAGAAAAACAACAUCUAGAAUGGGUGGGCUUGGUGGAAUCAAAAAUCCGAAUCCUGGUUGGGAGCUUGGAGAAGAAUGAAUUUAUUACUCUGGCGCAUGUGAAUCCUCAGUCAUUUCCAGCUCCUAAAGAAAAUCCGGACAGGGAAGAAUUUCGCACGAUGUGGGUGAUUGGGUUAGUGUUAAAAAAGCCGGAAAACUCUGACGUUCUCAGUAUUGAUCUCACCUAUGAUAUCCAGUCUUUCACGGAUACGGUUUAUAGGCAAGCAAUAAAUACUAAGAUGUUUGAGGUAGAUAUGAAAAUUGCUGCCAUGCAUUUAAGAAGAAAGGAACUUCAUCAACUACUACCUAAUCAAGUGCUUCAGAGAAAGAAAACACAUUCAGCGGAAGGUGUCACUUUGACAGCUUUGAAUGACAACAGCCUUGACUUCUCUGUAGACAGCGAAGACGGCAUGUCUGUGCCUUCGCCUACUAGCACUAUGAAGACCGGCCCGACGACUGGCAGCUGUCCGGGCAGAAACAGUCCUGCUCCUGCUAUAAUGGUGGCAUCUGUGACCAAUGUGCAAGUUACUGAAGUCUCCUUGCAACAAGCGAAUCCCAGUGAAAGCCUGGGUGCGUCGGGGGAAAGCAUCCCUCAGACUGCCUCACCACCAGCGCUUUGUCCGCCACCAAAGCCCACAGUUGCCAGGGUUGUUUCUUCUACACGUCUGGUAAAUCAUCCGCCCAGGCCUUCAGGGAGCACGGCAACAAACAUAGCUAAUCCUAUGGUGGGAGUCUAGCAGACGUUCUCACCUCAGAAAGGACCAAAGCAACUAAAAGAAGAGGAACAAUCUCCUAAAGAGAAAGUCUAACUCCACUAGAAACCGUUCGG